AUGGGAGCUGAAGAAUGUAUACCAUUUCCUGAGGCGACUAAAGGUUAUCUCAAGGAGCACUAUCCUGAGGCAGGAGAAGCCCAUUAUUCUCUACCCUCGGGAUAUAUUCUCAAGGACAAUGUUUUCCAGGAGCUUCUAGACCAAGGAAUUCAGGCGCUCAAGACACCUGAUGGAAAAGACGUGGAGCUUCCACCCGAUUAUGCUGCUAUUGCUGUAGUUUUCCAUCGUGUAAAGAACAUAUGUGGCUCUGCCCCAUCAUUAAUGGUUGCAGAUUGGGAAUUCCCCAAAACUUUCGAUGAGGCCUUUUCUCAUCAGCAAAAGCGAAAUGUGAAAAUGGAACAGACUAUUCUUGCUAUGUGUUCUGGUGUUCAUCAUGAUAUUUACUUCUCGUACCCCAGCGGAGACAAUGUUUACAACAUAUUCUUCCAGAUCGAUGAAACUUAACAGAAGGCACUUGUGGAUGAGGAUGAGCGACUCUCGAGACUUCAACUCAUAGCAGGAGGAUCUGGGACUGGGAAAACGCUCGUUCUCAAAGAGAGAGCAAAGCGACUGGCAAGCCAGAAAGUUGCAAAAGUCAUACUGGUGAACAUUGCCGGAGGACUUCUCACAGAAGAAUUCCAUCGAGAAUUUCAAGGUGAGGAGUGGAUCAAGGUAGUCGAUGGAAGAGCACAAGGCCUUGAGAGUGAUAUUGAAGCGCUGAAGAGAUUCGUGAAAGAGGUGGGACAUGAUAAACACAUUCUCGUCGAUGAAGUACCUAUUACACUAGGUUUCCAGGAGAUUCUCACCGCAGAAGCCCUAUCCGCCCACUGGGGGUGGAUAUUAGGCAUGAGAAAUCAUGUCCGGUCUUUCAGUCUCGCCUUCCGGCCAAACGACCAGUCAUACUCGCGGGAUUUCUCAUUGGAAGGUGUCAAGCCAGGAGGUUGCCAAAUUCAAGUCCUAGAUCGAGUGAAGAGAAAUAGUAAUAACAUAGCUAAGUUGUUUAUAGCAUUAGGAGACUAUUCCCGUAGGGUGUUUGUAUCUUCCGAGAAGACACUUUCAAUGGACAUUGGAGAAUCAGAGGGACAAUGGCUUCCUAGCUUGAGGACGAUUCCCUCUUGUCAAGCUUUUCACCGUGAAUGCAAGCGCAAAACAUACUGCUAUGCCAUUAGGGCCUCAUACGCCAUCAAAUACAUCUACGAGGAAUGCUUGAAGUCCUUAAUUGAAAUGCCGCUUUUUGUUGUGGUUGAUGAUAAGAAAAGAAAGAAAGUUCUCAUAAAUUUCCUCGCUUCCCCGCGCCACUCGUUUCCUCUCCUAUUUCUGGAUAAGAAAGGGAAAUUCCGGGGAAAUGUCUCCCAGGAGAGCUUCUACUCACUCGUCAUCGUAACCGAGGAAGAAAUGAUGGGGUGCCAUUUGAAGAAUGUCAUGGUUAUAUUGGAUUCCCCCGAGUCACAAUGGAAAAACUACGCCCGACUAAUCGCAGCUCCUGUUGAUAACAAGAUCGUUGUUAUCGAGGAAGAAGAUUUGAACAUCGGGAAGUUUUCUCGUUUCAUGGAUGGUAAGUGGAAGGUUAGGAAUGUGAGCAUUAAUGAAGAUAUUAAUGAAAUGCUAGAGAAAGGAAAUGCGAACAUCGGUCACAAGAUUGACAGUGAUCCCGAGCACCGCUUUCCUAUUAAAUCCUACCCUCGAAUGGUGAUGAAUGACAGUGGAAAUGAAGAGAAUGUGGAUGACGUGGAGAAUAUGCUUGAGUCUUGGCUCACUGGGAUAUUUGGAUAUCCAGGCUCAGGGAAAUCCAGGAGAGUUGAUAUACUAAUUCGGAUCGUAUCGAAACGUCAGGGUCGAGUCCUGCUGCUCCUUUGCGGAAGUGCAUUGUCUCGGGAACUAUAUCGACAGCGCUGGAUCAACGUAACGAAUGUGGACGUUGUUAAUUACGAUUCAGAUAAAAUAGCGUCCCUAAAGACCAUUAUCGACUGCCGAACAGUUAAACAAGCGAAGAAGAAAGCUGAAAUGUCAGAUCGCUUGUUUGUGAUCGUUGAAGACUGUCCAGUGAAUAGACAUUUAGAGAAUGAGCUCGAAGAUGUAGUAAAGCGUCUAAAAGAAGAGAUGGUGAGUCUCAUCAUUACUUUCAAACCUCAUAUGAAAGGUUCGUCAAGAUUCUCGGUGGAUAGGAUAAUGAAUGUUUUCAAAGGGAACUCAGAUUGUUCCUUAGUUGUCCUCCAGUCUCAAAGGAUCAACAUGCAAUUAUUGCGACACAUUCAACGAAAUGAGACUGUCACCGCAUUGAAGUUAGGAUCAAAGAGUCUACCGACGUCCUCAAUGCCUGCUGCCAUCGUUCUUGGACCACCAGUUCAAUACAUGAAUUGCGAAUAUAUGUGCGAGAGACUUCAUGGGGGAUAUAUCUGCAAAAAAAGUGUACUAUGUGUUCAAAUUAGCAAGAAAUUAGCCUCGGCCCUCUCCUUCUGCCUCAAAUUGGCGUUAGAGGCAAAUAAAGCGGGUGAUAUUCAUAUCCUGGUCUCAGAUGAAGCCCUUCUAAACUCAUUUAAAAAGGGCCUACUCUGCCAUGAUCCUAACAUUACCAUCUCCCACCCGAAGGAUUUUCGUGGUUGUGAAACCUCUGUCAUCAUAUCUGUGAAUGUCGGGGACGAGUGGAUGCUGGAAGUGAUUUCUCGCUCAAGGACGCAUCUAAUCAUUAUCGACAACAUCAGACAACAUCAGGAUCUUUGGCGAACCAUGAUGGAAGAAGGCCAAGUCGAGGCUUGGAAUGUCACCAUUCCACCUGAGGGUCCUUUCCUUGAUGAUGCCAGGAAGAACUUUCUAAAAGCAGAUGAGCGCGGAAAGUUCCUCAGA